GUGAUGAUGAAGAGGAGGAGGUUAAGAGGAUGCUGAAACGAUGAGAUGAAAAUCUGACAAUCACUUCUUAUCUUGCCUAGUAUUAUGAUACAACAUGAUGUUAUUAUUAAAGUUAACAGAAAAGUGAAAAAGAAAAAGUAAUUCAACAAAUUAACACCUUUUCUUGUUCAAUAGUUAUCCAAUCAAUCCCAAUAAACUAUUAAUGUUCAAUUGUUUUACCUCUCAAUGAUCAACUAAACAUAAAGUGAUUUUAAUUGAGAAUAUUUGUUCAUCAUUAAACAUUGGAUAAAAGCAUAACAAUUCAAGGAUUUACAUUUUCAAUUAUGUUUCUAAUUUUGUCGACACUUCUUUUACCAACUUUGAUUAGUCCAAUUAACGGUGAUUCACAAAUUGAUUUUUAUGCAAACGAACGAAGUGAACGACAGUUUCCUGAGCACGGAAGUGAACCACCUUCUAGACCUGCUGAGCAAAUAGUUCACUACAAUAGUCGUUUGUUUCCACCUGCCUUUGACACUUUACCUGAAGAUCAAAAUGUAACUGCGCAAUUAGGUAAAUCGACGUUUCUUAAGUGCAGGAUUAAACACAUUACGGAUCACACGAUUUCCUGGGUUCGUCAAAAGGAUCUUCACAUUAUAUCAGCUGGACCUUUUGUUUAUACUUCAGAUGAACGCUUUGAGCCCAAGCACGUUGACCACACUGACGAAUGGUAUUUACACAUAAAAUAUGUACAAACGGCCGACACUGGCACUUAUGAAUGUCAGAUUAGUACUGAACCUAAAAUGAGUUUACCUUUUUAUCUCAACGUUAUUGAGGCUAAAUCAGAGAUUCUUGGUGGACCAUCAACAUAUUAUCAAUCAAAGGAUACAAUUAAUUUAACUUGUAUAAUUAAUCAAACUGCUUCGCCACCUUUAUUUGUUUACUGGUUCAAAGAUAAUCAAGUUUUAGGUUUUCUUAGUCAAACGGUUAAUCCAUCUGAUUCACGGAUUCGUGUUUCAACCAUUAAAGGUCCAAUAUCCAUUAGUACCUUAGAGAUAACCAAUGCUCGCUCCUCUGACUCGGGCAACUAUUCAUGUCGACCAGUGCCACAAUAUGUUGACCCAGCCAAUAUAACGGUCAAUGUGUUGAAUGGUGAUAAUCCAGCGGCAAUGCAACACUCCAAUCACCAUAAAGAUCAGGUUACAAGUCAUACACUUUUGAUGGUUGUACUCAUCAUGGUUAGUUGGAGUUGCUGGUCUGGCCUUUGCCAGUCAACUUUAACCGUUCAAGGUGUCUUCAGUUGAUGGUGGUUCGGUCCAUCAUUAGGCAAGCACACUAAUGGUAACGUUUAAUAAUGAUUACUGCAAGUUUACAGUUUAUGUGGAAGGCAAGAUGACGAUAGGAGACAGUAAUGGAAGUUCUUGUUGCUGUUUCUGUUUAUUGGUGGCAAUCAUGAUGGUGCAUCAAUGAUGAUAAUGGCUGUAAUAAUGUUCAAUAUAAUGACGAUGAUGAAGAUGACAAAAAUGAUUAGGAAAGUGAUCAUGAUGACGAUGAACAUAACUGUUCCUUUAAGAGGCAACAAAAACGGGAAACAACAAAACAAUAAUGAAGAUAAUGGUUGAUGAUAUUGUGAUGCUUUUUGCUUCUUGCUCAGAAAAUCUUUAUUCGUAAAAUCAAAUAGACUCAUCUUUUGGUGAAACUUGAAAUGGUCAACUGGACAAGAUUAAAUUGGUCAUUCUUUUUGCUCAUCAAUUUCAUGAGGAAGACGGAAAAGAAUCCAUUUCCUAUUCGAUUCUUUCGCUUUUUUUCAAUUCUUCAACAUUGGACUUGCAAGUCAACAUCAAGUUGAAAUUCAAUUGUGUUUCAAGAUCAAGAAUUUACAAAAGUCGAAAAUCGAUCUCAAGAGAUGCUUUUUUGGCUAUUUUUCGUUUUCUUUUUACCCGAUGAAUAGUAAAUUUAAAGAAACGCUGACUCGAUGUUGCUCAGUGUUUCAAGUUGAUGCUGGAUUUGGCUUUGAAACUCAAAUUGAACCUUGAGUUUUAUGUCUUUUUUGGUCCACUUCUGGUAAUCAUCUAAGCUGAUAACAACCCUGAAGGCUUCAAUUAUUGGAACAGUUCAUUUUUGGGUUUUCUCGACUUGCAAUUGAUUCUCAUUUAUUUUGAGUCUCUUCUUGUUUCAAGCAAAAUCCAUUUAAUGACUGGGGAUAAUCAUGAUGCUUAUGAUUAUUUUAUUAUGUAAUGGUCAUUCUAAUGAUAAUUUUACAUCAUGGUUAACAUCUAAUUUCAUUCAUCUAAUGUCUCGUUAUUGUUAUUAUUUUGUAAAUAUUUUUCUUUCUUGUUCUUCUGGUCAAAUGUCCGUGCCUUUAAAAUAAAUUUUUUGUCAAUAAAGUAUCAUUACUAAGAAAGUAAAUGUUUCUUUCUCUGUUUUGUUUAACUUUUUGGGUUACUUUUUAAUAAAUUACAAUUGACGGCUAAAAUCAUUAUUUAAUGAUGGUAAGUCUAUUUGUAAAUGAGAUGUAAUUAAAUAAAAAUGUACAAAAUUUCAACUCAUUUGUAUUCUCAUUGCUGGUCAAGCAAAUUUAAAAUGGCAUUAAA